AUGAGUUUCCACAAGCAUGAUUAUUCGCGACCGAUAGAAGAAGAAGAGUUUGAUGAUACAGAAUUGGAGACACCAGCGCGGUUCAAUGGUCAGAGUGUUAAGCGAAACCAAAAUACAAAUAUAAUAUACAGAUCGUUUCGUGCUAAUCGAACCAACGAUGGGAUAACAUCAAAGAAAACAACUGAGGCGGAUCAAAUAGGAGAUCUGAAAGGAUUUAAUAACAAUGGUGGUGCUUCUUCUUAUAAUAAUAAUGAUGGUGAUUAUGAUGUAUUGACAAUGAGAUCUCCGCCUAGUUUGAAAUUUGAUACCUCAGUCUCACUUGAUAACGACCAACACAGAAAUCAAAGUCCGACACCGACUACAAGAUUCAAACCGCCCACUACCGAACUUAGCCCAGUGGAUCACUCGCCGGUUUCAUACAAAGUGACCAAGCCAAAUACAGAGAAAAAGAGAAAUAAGAACAUAGAGUGUGUAACAGAAACACCGGCGCUGAAGAUACGCAAUGAAGAUGAAGUUAAACAGUCGAUUUUAGACAGGGUGAACACAACUUUGGAAUCAUUAAAGAAGAAAAACUCAUCCGAGGAAGUAUCACAUACGCCUGCUGUAUCAAAUAUCCUACCACUGAAAACAAGAUUCAGUGUGUCAAAUACUGAAAGCAUACAACCGAUAUAUAAUUUUGAAGAGGAGGAGCCCGAUUUUGUACAUAUUUCCAAGCAAGGUGUGCCAGGUCGAGAUGCAAAUGUGCUUUCGUCGGAUAAAGAACCUGAUUUAUCCCCCACAGUUGAUAAAAUUAGGUCGAAGCGAAAUAUUAAAGCAUCGCCAAUCAAGGAUGAGGAUACUUUAGGUAAUUCAACUCCAGUGUCCAAAAAUAGCAGACUCCAUGAAUCAAUCUUGCCCAAUGAGCACGAUUAUCAUGGAGCUGAAAUUAGCUUUAGUAGUACGAAAUGGUGGACGGCUAAACAAUGGCUGAUAUUGAUGAAAGUGGUGGAUCUGAAAUUGAUAUCUCGCAAGGAUGCUAUUAAUAGUCAAUUGUUAAUGAAAGAAUUGGGAUGUUCGAGCAAACAGGAACUACAAAGACGAUAUGAUUUUUUGAGGCAGUACAGAACAAAGUAG